AUGACACUUUUACUGGAUAACCAGUUCGCGCCGCUCUCUGACACCAACCAGAUCGUUACAAAGACGUUUUUGGAGUCGGUUUCUCAUGUUCCGCUUUUUUUCGAUUGUCUUGGUUCGAAAGUUUUUGCCCCAAUUAAGGCUGACAUAAAUGGAAAUAUCACGAAAAUUAAAGCUGUCUACGACUCAGAUCCAGUGAAGUAUGAGACGCUUCAGCAGAUAUUGUCAGCAGAGAAAAGCAUCCAUGGUUCAGAGUGGCCUAAAGUUGGAGCCACAUUGGCACUUAUGUGGUUAAAGAGAGGUCUGCGGUUUAUUCAGAUUUUACUUCAAAGUCUAGCUGAUGGUGAGAGAGAUGAAAACAAUCCUAAUCUUAUCCGCAUCAAUAUCACUAAAGCUUAUGACCAAGCCCUCAAGAAGUACCAUGGCUGGAUAGUCCAGAAGGUUUUCAAGGCUGCAUUAUUUGCUGCACCAUGCCGGUCCGAUUUUCUAAAAGCUUUAUCCAAGGAUCAAGAAGUUGCAGAGGACGAUUGCUUAGCAAAAGUGAAUCAGUUCUUGAUAAACUUCACUACAACUGUGGAUGCCAUUUAUGAAAUGUAUUCCACAAUGAAUGCUGAACUGGACUACUUGGUUUGA